GCACAAUCAAACAAUUUACCAAGGCUCAUUCUUUUUUGGCAGAUGGAUAUUCCUUAACAUCAUCGUCGUCGUAGAAAUCCAACUAUGGCAAAUCUUCAAUAUGAAUUAAGUUCUCUUCCUGAACGAGAAACUCAUUCUACUUCUCCUGUUUCUUCGAUGGGGGAUAGUCGGAGAAGCUUCGAUAGAGAUCAAGAUCAUGCGACUUCAUCAACUAGAGAACCAUCUUCAAUUUCACACAACAUCGCUGCUGUUCGGAUACCCGAGCGCACCUUGGAUGGGUUCGAUCAUGACUUUCAUUCAUCACUUCAUCAUGAAAAUCCUCCUGCCUACACAAUUUCUCCCGAAGUCUCGCAAGUCAAAAGUCAUACUUUGGCAAGGGAUUUUGGUGGGCUUUGGUUGUCAUUAGUAUUUUCGACCUUGAUCCUAUUGCAAUGGAUUGGACUCCUUCACACCUGUUAUAAACCUUUUGGUUCGAACUAUUCAUACGAGGUUACAGCUGCGACCAGGAAAUACGAUUUCCAAUCGAAUGAAAGAUGGUUGAAAGCUUUCCAAGUAUUAAUCUCAAUUUGUUCCCUCUUUGUACUAAUUGUUCUAUCGACUAUUCUCUCAAGAGCUGCUGUCAUUCUCACACAGCGACAGAUUUCCAAACCAGGAUACACAUUGAGUCAGAUACUUGCUAUUGCCGAUGAAAGUUGGCUUAGCAUCCCAACGCUUUGGAAGUGUGUGACUAGAAAGGAGAUGCGAUCUAUUAAAUCAAGCUAUCUAUUAUAUGCUUGUAGUCUUUGUAUAUCGGCAAUAUUGAUUUACCCCAUCCAGCAAGGUUCUCUUCAGGUUUUUGAUAUCUACGUACCGAAUCCUCAAUAUCCAUCUAAAAAUUACUUUGAUUCCAUGUAUCGCUAUAGUUAUCCACUCCUCAACGGCGAACAAAGUCUUUACGAUUUGUACACUUCACAUGGAUAUCAAGGAGCUCUGAGCACGGCUUUGGUUGACACCAAUCCGAAUGAUAUUCAACCGAAUUUAUGGAAUCCAUCAAACUCUUCCAUCUCACAUUCAAAUGAAAGUCCAUCUGCUGAUAUCUCAGCCGGUCUCCAACAAAGAUUAUCAAAUUCUUCAACAUCAUGGUAUGCGAUUCAACAUAAUACUUAUAACAACGGGAUGUAUAAUUCUACCGGUCUUCGAAUGAACACAUCCAUCACAUGUUUCAUCAUUCCACAACGCCAGUUUCCAACAGUCUGUCCAGGUAUUUCGCCAUGGACUACUUCGAUCAAUUUAAACACUGUAGAUAAUUCCAUGUAUAUUGAAUAUGCUGGCUAUGCUAUCAGUGGAUUGAGUUUGAAUGUCUGUGUGCCAGGAAAUAAAUUUGCUUUUCCAUGGUCGGUGAAUAGGACUCUCCAAACUAUCGAAGAAUUGUUGUAUCUUGACAUUGGUUGGUCCAUGAAAGAUAUUGGUUAUGAACCCACUGAAAUUGAAUCUUUGAAAAAUUACACACAAAAGUGUAUUGCAGAGACCACAUUUGGGUAUUUCAAUCUUCCGACAUACGGUAACAAUCGUGCUGGUCCUCUGUUACCUGCCGACUUUCCUAUCUUUGGGGCGAUAGAAAGUGAAGAAACCCCUCGAACAAUAUUCAAUGAAAGUAAUCCACGAGUUGGUCGAUACAGUACCAUCAAUCGCAUGUUACUUGACUAUCAUGGUCCUCUCUUGAGUUCCGCUCUAGCAUUAUUUCCAGAUUGGAGCAGUAUGACAGAUGAAUAUGGCGGGAUUGAUCAACGCCUUAACAUACAAUGGCCGCUCAGCAAAUUUACGAGAUCGAUAAAUCAGAAUGAAUCUUACGCAUCUUAUCUCAGUCGAUUUGCAGCCAAUCCAAAUUACCUUGAAAACAGUCUCCGAAUUUCGACAUUUCUCGCCACCAAAACUGCAUGGGAAGUCGCAGCGGAAAAUACCGUGAUUGAUCCUGCCCAUCCUUUAUUCACCGAAAUGGGGAAAGUAGUCAAACGUCCACACCUUCCCUUACCCGUCAUCAUCAUUGUCAGUAUCUUAAUCGCCUACCUUACAUUAUCAUUAUUGUACCUGGGUAUACGUAGUGCAUUUAGUCGUACAUGGACCACCACAUUGAAUUCUCUUUCGGUGAUAUUUUUGACUAGAGGUGCGGCUGAGAGAAUGCCAAAAUUGCCAGUAAUACUACAUGGCAAUACUGGGAAUGAGGGGAAGUUCUUUGGGGGGUUGGCACAUGAACCAGCAGUGAUUGGGGAUAUCAUGGCGGGGGAUAAAUUAGGUAUAUUAGCGGUUGGUGGAGAAGGUAUUCUUGGGGUAGCAGGAAGAAGGUAUAGGAAUGGUGAGGUUGAAGGUUCAGUUAUUGGUCCUGUUAUGGUAUAGGUUCUGGUUAGGGGGAUGAGUGAUGAUGUUGUGAUGAUUGAUGUUGUGAUGGUUGUUGUGAUAUUCUCCUCGUGAUGAAAAAUCCUAUCUUUUUUUAACUAUGAAUGAAUUAGACACGGAGUUAUCA